AUUAGGGGAUAUUUGAAGGUCUAAUGCAGACCUCUAUAUGCGUUAGAAGGUUAUACAUCAACACAAAUAUACUGCAAGUACAUACAUAUCGACAGUUCGUCAAGGAUUCGUUCCUAUACACGACCGUAUUCAUAACUGAAGUAGACACAUAUACAUAUAAACUCAUGAGAUCACGAGUUAAACACCACCGUAUACAUUAGAUAUAUAUAUAUAUAUAUAUAUACUCUCGAGAUCCACUUUCGACUAUUCUCGAACACAUUGUACAUGUUGACAAGACACGAGUAUGGUCAAGGCAGUAAGCACCGCCGGUGGUGCGAGUAGGGUUUCACCCGUUAAAACCACCCAACGCACCACAGCCACCAACAGUAGUGCUAUAAAUAAAGUACCUACUAGUGGUACCCUCAGCACACACGAGAGUGCUAAAGCUGCACACGAAAGUGUUGCUAAGACCAGUACUGGCAGUACGGCAACGAUUGCAGCAACAGCCAGCACAGUGAUUAAAAUACCGACGGCUAGUGUUCCUGGUAGUGGACCUACUAAGGUGAAAGCGCACAUGGAGAGGGGGGCGGGUACGGGUGCGGAUGUGAGUACAUCGAUAAAAGAUACGAAACACCCACAGGACAUGCUCACACCUACAAAGGGGCUUGCAAGCAACACGAAAGCAUCACCAGGCACGACGGCGGUAGGUAGGAAUACCAGUAAAAGCACAGGCGGUACCAGUGAGAGUACUGUGAGUGGUGUGACUACAACUGGUGGGACGAGUACACACUCGGAGGCCCCGGCAAAUGGACAUAAAAGUGGGGCUAGUGUGGGGGUGACGGGUGGUGUGCCAAGCAUCCGCACACACUACAGCAGCAAGUCCAAUUCAGCGUCCCGCAAAAACAGGGACAAAGACAAGCAUAAGGACGGGAAGAGUAAGGGAGACAAACACUCCAGCUCGGGGAGAAAGGAUAAAGAUAAAAGCAGAGAUAAAGAUAAAGAUGGCGAGGAAGCCCCGGUGGUAGUACCCACACCCAAACCUAUACUGUACGCUGACGAUUUUGCCGAUAUACAGCAAGGGGGAUUAUUGCAACAUGAGAAUGAUCUAGUGAUGCUGGUACCGACCAUACCAGCGAUGCGCGUAUUGAGGCAGCGAAAAGCAGUUCCAGCCAGGAAAUGGAUCCAGGCCCCCAUUAUAAAUCACGGCAGAAAAGACGCUCUGAAGCUUAGUCAUUGGGUACCAGAAUCCCUGCGAGAGAACGAACAUGCCUUCGCACCACUAGGAGAUAUGGUUAUGACCGACGUCCCGGUGUACACGGAUGAGGAGUACACCACACAUAUACAGCCGCGCAGUGGGGACUGGACGAGAGCUGAGACCGACGAACUACUGGAACUGUGUAGAAGGUUCGACCGGCGCUUUAUCAUUGUGCAUGAUAGGUACAUGGGGGGAACCGGACUCACUUCCCCACCAGUUGAGAGGACUAUCGAAGCACUCAAGGAACGAUACUAUCUGUAA